AUGAGACAUAGCAAAAAGGGUGUUUCUUAAAUUUAUCUUGUCUUUUCAAUAUUGGCAGCCCUUAAUCAUGUUAAUGGAGCGAGAGUUACAAGCAUGAUUCAAUCUUAGGCAACCUCCUUAAGCACCUUGAGUGGAGCCUCUUCCACUAAAGUGGUUUGCCAAACUUUCCUUGAGAAUUUGUUGAAUGAUAAUGAUAUGAAAAAUAAUCCAACCUAGGUACUUUUGAACUUUGAAGAGCAGUUUUGUCAUUCUUAAUCUGAUUAAUUUCAAAAGGCUGUCAUACCUUAUUUUUGCUAUUACACUGGUCUAAAUUUAAUAAAUAGUAUCUCCGCAUUGACUGAUUAAACAAAGAAGUCCUCUACAAUAUUUUCAUUCUGUGAAACUUUUGGUGAUGGCUAUUAAUAGCGUAAAAGGCUAAUUUCAAAGGUAUAUAUGGAUUAGGAUCAGGAAUCCUUCAACACUAAGUGUGUGGAUUUUUAUGACUACAAUUAUGACAAAGACUUAAGCAAGUUUGACCCACUCGAUAUGAGUGACAGACUUGAAUCCUUUUACUUUUGCGACUCAUUAUUCAAAAUGAUUUAAGUUCUAAAAACACAUAAAAAGGAUUAAUUAGCUGAUAUUAUUAGGUAUUCUUACAUAAUGAGUCUUUAAACUUUCAUUGAAACAUACUAAGCUAAUGAUUAUGGUAGAUGUGAGGAAAUAGAAGCAUAAAAAGAUACUUUUUGCUCAGAUUUCUUUGAAUGGCGCUCAGAUUUCGCUCUUUGGACUGCUAAGUAAAGCUAAUAAAUUUGUGGUAAAGUAACCUUAAGUGCCAAGGAACAGCCAGAUAUAUAGGAUAUGUGUGCAUAUACUAUCACAAGGGUUUAUGGAAUGUAUAAUCAAUACAUGAAUAAGAUCCUAGAUAACAUUCUGAGCAAAGAGAUCUAAGCGUUAAAUUAGGAGCUCGAUAAAUAAAUUCAGUCUCAGCAUAAGAAAGAGGAGUAGACUCAGGUUAAUCUAGACAAAAUUACCAAAUGGCUAGAUGAAUUGAAGGUUAAAUCUGAGUAGGAAACCAGGCAAAAAGAUAUUUAACUACUUAACGAAAGGUUAAGAGAAAUAUAGAUAGAAAAAGCAUAGAAAGUUAAAGCUAUUGAUAGUAUUCUUAGCUUCCUUGAUGACUUGAAGGAUGCAAAGGAAUAGAAAGAGUAUAAGGAAAUGGAAUCUAAUUUAAAAGAUGAAUUAAAAAAUUUAGGAAAAGAAGAGGAAAAAAUCAUAAAUAAUACAUAGCCAGAGACUAUUAAAAUUAUUGAAUAGCGUGUAGACUAAUUUAUAGAGGAUGUUGAGAAACAAAAAGGUGAUGAUGCAAUCAACCAAAUGAAAGAAGCUGUAAAAAUUUUUGAUGAUAACUCUAGCAAAAAAGUGGUUGAUUUUCUCUAAACACUGAUUGACCAAUAAGAAUAUAACAAGCAUGACAAUAAGAACAAAGGUACAAGAGAUACUAGUGUUUAUAAGAAUUAAUAUUCUAGCGCAAAAGAAGUAGAUAGAAGCAAAUAAGAAACUUCAAGUGUGAUUGAUAGCAACCCCAGAUAAGAAAUUAAUCUUUAGGACAAUUAAAAUCCUAAUGUCAGCAUAACCCCUAAACUACUGAAUCAAAGCAAAUUUAGCUUUGGCGAUUUGGAAUAAGUGCUAAGCUUUUUGGAUAAAGUCAUUUUGAAGAUGAAUCUAAAAACAUACAAGGAGAUAAAGCAGUAGGUGGUGGAGAAAGAAAGAGAGUCUAAAUUAAAAGACAUUGCUAAUGCUAAGGAAAAAGCUGCAGAUGAUGAAGAAGAUGAAGAUGAAAAGUCAUAGAUAAAAGAUACUUCAGAUAGUAAGUAGAUAUUCUAAGAGAAUUUGAAGAAGGUACUUAAGUUCUUAGAUGAUGCAAUUAUCAGAAAAUCCCAAAAAUUAAAAAGUUCAGAUGUUUCUAAAGUUGAGGAAUUCAUUGAAUCAAUCUACAAUAAUUACGACCUAAAUAGAAAAAAUGAAAAAGAAAAGGAAUAAGAGCAAGAGAAAGUGAUAGAAAAGGAAAAGGAUAAAGAGAAAGAGGAUAAGAAUGAAAAAGUUGAAAACAGCAAAUAAAAAGAAAUAAAUGAAGAAUCAAAGGAGACAAAGAAAGAAUAAAGUGUUGAAAGCAAAAUUGAGUAGAUUAAUAAGUUCCUAGACAAGGCUGAAGAAAUGCAGAAAUAAAAACAAAAGAGUGAUAAUAAUAAAAGUAAGAAGAAAAAAAUUAAUAAAAAAGUCUAUGAGGAAGAGGAUGAUGAAUAGGAAGAGGAAGAAGAAGAUAAUGAUGAAGAAGAAGAAGUAGAAAAGAAAGUAAUCAGCGAAUCUAAAGAUGUUGAAAGUUCAUCAAUAGUUUCUGAUAAACUAAAGAAAAUAAACGAAUUCUUAGACAAAACUAUUGUCAACUCAAAAUCUAAGUAAGUUAAAGAUCAUCAGAAGAAUGAUACACCAGUUGCUGUUGUGGAGAAACCUACAGAACAUACUGAUAAAAAAGAGGAUACAUCGUCAGCAUAAAUUGUGGCAAACUUACAAAAAGUAAACUAGUUCAUUGAUUAUCUUUUCGAAUAAGAGCAAUUCAAUAAAAAACUCUAAAAGGUAGAGGAUUUCAUUGACAAAUAGAUUAAGGAAGAAAAGAUUGACUCUUCAACGUUGAAAGAAGUAAAGUCAAUAGUAACUGAGGAAGCUAAGAAAGAUGAUACUGAUACUCAACUUAAGAAGGUUCUUGAUUUCAUUGACAAACUAAUAGCAGCAAAGAAAAAUGAUGAAUCUAAGGUAAAAGAGUAAAAGUAGAAAACUGAUACAUCUGAGCGCUAAAGAGAGAUUGACAGCCUUAUUAAGGAAGAGAAAAAUGAAGAAAGCAAAGACAAUGAAGAUGAAGAGGAAGAGGAGGAGGAAGAAGACGAAGACGAAGAGGAAGAAGUCGAAGACGAAGGUGAGGAGGAAGAAGAAGAAGAAGAUGAUAGUGAUGAUGAUGAAGUAGAAGAAGUAGUUGAGAAAACAAAAGAGAAGAAGUAUGGGAAUAAAUAGAAAAAGAAAGUAGUAGAUAAAAAGGAAGAAGAAAAAAUUGAGUAAGAAAUUAGCAAUAUCUCAGAUUUGUCUGAUCUAAGAGAUUUCCUUACAACUAUGAUAAGGCAAACUUCAGAUGAUGAAAAUGACUCAGAUAAAAAGGAAAAAUUGCAGCAACUUAGAGACGUCAUUGAUGAGUAUUCUGUCAAGCAAAAGCAAGAAAAGGUGGACAACUUCCUUGAUUAACUGAUAAAGAAGAACGCCAAAGGAAGAGUAGCGUAAGCCAAGCUAUCUAUGAAUGAUGUAUCAGCCUUCAUUAAUGACUAUGAAAAGCAGCUAGUUCAGUCUAGAGUCUAAACAAAAGCGAGCAGCAAAAUUGAAGAUGAAGAAGAUAACUUCUCUUUCCUACUAGAUGACUUUGACAAGAUAAAAAAUAAAUGA